AUGCAGAAGAGCAACAGCGAUAGCUUGAGUGAAUGGUGCUUAAUCGAAAGCAACCCAUGCAUUUUCAAUGACAUGCUAAGUCGCAUGGGGGCGAAGAACCUCUCUGUGGAGGACGUGUAUGACUUGGGUUUUUUUGAAGAUUACAUAUGGAACAGAGGUGUGGUGAGCGUGGAGAAUGUCCUUGGUAUUGAGGAGUAUCGGAGUGAGAAGGAGAAGGGGUGGGCCACGAGUCCCAUGGAGGAUGGGGAGGGCGCUACGAACACACCUGCACAAAAGACAGACCUACAAAAGGGACUGUACAGCAGCACCGUGACGACAGAAGAUAAAUAUAACAAGCUAAUAAAAAAUGAAAGUAACGUCUAUGGAAUUAUUUUCCUUUUUAACAUUGGAAAGAGUUACAAAAGGAACAAAUUCGUUGAGCACAGUGUACCUGAGAAUCUCUUUUUCGCAAAGCAGGUGAUCCCGAACGCAUGUGCCACGCAAGCCAUCCUGUCCAUUGUCCUUAAUAAAGAAGUAGAAUUGAAUGAAGAAAUAAAAAAUAUAAAAUCGUUUAGUGACAAUUUUGAUAGCUCCAUGAAGGGACUCACUCUGUCCAACUGCAACGUCCUACGAAACAUUCACAACUCAUAUAAACCUCCUAUAUAUAUUGAAAAAGAAAACCUUCAUGAUGAGAAGGGGAAGAGUAACGACUCGUUUCACUUCGUUUCGUAUAUAGAGUUUGGUGGUAGUGUGUACAUGCUAGAUGGGCUACAGGAGGGGCCUGUGUUAAUUGGGCACACCAAUGGAGAAGACGAACAGCAUAGUUGGAUUGACCUCGCCAGGCAACACAUAAAGAAGGAAAUCAGUGAGAUAUGCAAUGCUAGUGGUAUAGGAGAAGAAGGAGACAGCCGAUUUAACAUCCUAGCUGUUAUAAAAGAUAAGGAACAUAUUAUAAAUGAAUUUUGUAACAUACAUAGGAUUGUAAAACAGAGAGUUAACACCAAGUUACGUAACCUUGGAAAUGAAGAGGUCGAUUUAAGCGAUGAAAUAAAUGAAGAAAAUUUUAACUACCCUACCAUACCAACCGUUGAGGAGCUCCCACAAGACAUCCCAGAGCUCCUUCUCAUUGCUCAAAAGGCAACAUUAGAAAUUAACUUUCUUCAGGCACUUUUGCAAGAGCAAAUGCAGUUGAAGCUCACAUGGAACAAAGAACUUACAUUUAAAUUUUUUAAUUUUUACCCAUUUGUCAUGUCCUCCUUAAAGCUCAUGGCCAAGCAUAACAUUUUAAAGGAGGCCUACGAGAAGGAGAAGGAGAAGCAAAAACGCAAGGAUGACAUAAAUUUCUUUUGCAAAUUUGAAAAUGACUUGGAUGAGAAGAAGUCGCGCAGAGCUUCCAACGAAAGACCCCUCGCUUGUUACGACAACUUUUGUGUGCCCCCUUCUGAGUGUGACGCUUUGGAACAGUCCUACCUCUACACGCUGCUCCACAAUGAGGACUUCACACGUGACAAACGAUCAUGUUCAUCCAUGGGAUUCAUUUUCAAUAAGUUGUUUUUGCAAUUGGCCCAUUUUGACCAGCAGCUGCGUAGGGAUAUCCAUCGAGGGAGAUUCUUCCAAAAGGGGAAGAGGAGGGGUACAGCGGCAAAAGGGAAGCUACAAAGGGGUGCCUCAAAACUGUGUGCAAAUAAAAAUCGUGUCUUCCCAGGUAACCCCUAUACAAAUCUCGUAAACGAUUCACAUGUAACAGAACAAAGGAUUACAUAUGAAGAGGAUGAGGAUGCCAUGUUCCACCACUUGGCAUACAGCCAGCUGCAGGACAACCUUCUUCAAUUUUAUCUUCCCCCGGGGAGGUAUGCCAGUAGGACCCCACUACGUAAAAACAGAGCAACCCGAGCGAACGAGGGUCAGCACUCCCAACGGUAUGAUAUUGGUGCUGAAUGCGCCAAGCCAAGCGGGGAUCUCAUUUCGAGGGGAAAAUUAUCUGCGCGUGGAGUGAAAAAAAAAACAAAAAAAACAAAACAUACACUGUCUACUGCGAAACGACGAGGCAGUCACCAGGUGGGUGAAAUGAAAGAAAAGGAGAAAAACAACGAAGCGAGCGACAUACACCCAUUAUCCAAUCCCAAGGCGUUCAUCCGCUUGUACAAUUACUCCUCCAGCGAAGAUAGCGAUAUGUCUUUUUCAAAAUUUUUACCUGAACCAAGGAACAAAAUAUUCUCUUUUAAAAAGCAAAAGAGAAAGUACACAAGGAGGUGUAACGGGACCCACUUUAAGGGAGAACAAAGCGUUUUUCAAGCAGAGUUAUCUGAUGAUGGUGGUAGAGGUGAUUAUUCAUUCGCCGCUUCCAAACGGAAGUUGCAUCCCCCCACCGGGAGGAACCUGUCGGACUGUCCCACCAUGAGUGGCUGCCACGAAGGCUUUAGAAAUCCUCAUUUAAGAGGAAAUGUCCUUGGAAAGGGUGCUACACCUCAUGCCCUCCGCUUGACGAAGAAAAGAAGUUUCAGUGAAAGUUCUCCCAUUGUGGCGCGGCUCUCGGAACAGCGCGCGAAUUCGAGGUCAAUCAAAGUAUGCAGGCGGCGUUCGUACGGUAGACACCAUAGGGGUUAUGCCUCCUCCGUUGUUGCGUCAACAUGUGAAGAGACCAGGGAGGACUGCACGCGCUUCCCAAAUCUGAUGAACGCAAAAAGGGGGAAAGAAAAAAAAAUGAUGAAAAUGCAAAUCUUGGAAGGGUUAAACCAAAGCAGUUAUGACCCAGGACACCUUGAGCGCAUGGUUAGUAGCAAAUGCUUCCCCCUACCUAGAGAAAGACUAAGACAUACAUUGAACAGAAAAAAUGUAGAGUUAAAACCAGUUGGAGGGGACAAGAACACAAUGAAGAAGAAAACGGAAACCAUUAGUACAUUUAGCUGGAGCAAAAAAUGGGCAUGUGCAAGGAGACUACAAUAUUGCUCACUCUAUGUUGAGGAGAAUUACGAAAUGAUUGUUGAACUGCACAGAAACGAAUAUCCCCUCAACGAUUUUUACUUAACUUACGUUUAUGUGAUGGCGUUAAUAAAAUUGAAAAGAUGUGCCCUUUGCUGGGAGUACCUCUUAAGGGUUAACCGCCUUCGGGAGGCACAUCGAGCAACUGGCGCGAACGCAUCAUGUGUAGCCGGGCUGCUGCACUUCCUCUGGGGCAAGCUAUACGAGAAGCUUCUACUCUGUAGGCUGAGCACAGCGGAGUACUCGAAGAUGGUGCUUGACCACGUGGGGAAGUCUGGCCCCACUUUGCACACAAGGCUACGCGCACACGAAGUGACAGGUGCAGCAUCUCAGAUCGGCAUGACAGACCUGCAGCCAUUCAUUCUUGUCUGCCUAGACAAACUCAUAGGGACGGGACAACUUAAAAGGAGAGAGGAAAUCACGACACUCAAGUUCGUGCACAUGAAUAAUAACUUGGGUAGAAUCCUUAACUUUUAUUUUUGCAAAGUGGGUUCCAAUGAGGAGUUCCCGCACAAUCUGAGUGACUACACAAACACGCAGAAUGAGGUGACGUUUGGGUGUCCCCCCCACAGGAACAGGCAUAAGAGCUGUGUGGGGGCGGUCAGGAUGCUACGCCCGCCUCGCGUUUCCAGAUCGGAAGUUCGCCAGGAGGGUACCCAUGAUGGUGUCACCCAUGACCGCGUCGCCUAUGACCGCUUGCCCAAUUCCGCUAACCACAAUUACGUCCACUUCACCAACGGUUGGAAGGCGACCCCCCCAUGGCCAAGUGAGAACAACGCACGGAUGCGAAACUCAGCUGUGGGAAAGCAGAAGGACAGGGGAGGGGGAUACCCCCAGCAGACACCUCCCUGGCCAGACCACCGUCAAUGUAGGAGAGUCCUCCUUAGUAUCCCCCCCAAACGCAUGCACGUGCAAGAGCACACAAACAUAAAGGGAUCCCACCAUGGGGUUAUUUUUCCCCCAAGGGGACUGGUCCAAAUGAGUAGAGAAGUGAACAGGAAGGUGCACAUAAAUGUUAGUAACAUCCUCAGCCGUGGCACCAGCGACAGUGACGAGGUAUCCGAGGGGAGAGAGGUGAGCAUCUUGGGGAGGUACGACCACUACACUGUGCGGAGUUACACUUUUAUGGGUGGACACAAAGGAGAGGAUUUGGCGCAGAAGGAAUUUUUGGCCCAUUUUGAUUUUCUCCUUCGAAGUGGACACGUCUUGCCUGAGCACAAGGUACGUCCCCACUACGACGAUUUUUUCGUGUGUCUCUUUCGCUUAUAUUUUCGCUCUUGCUCCAAGUGGGUAAUAAAGAGAGCUAUCCUUUGGGCAGCGAACACACCAUCAAAUAAGGCAGCAUUGAAGACAGCACAGAGGUUAGCAAUGAGAUUGAAACUGAUUGAUGUUUGUCCUGUUAAUGCAUUUUCACCAAAAGGGGACAGGCAAAUGUGUCACGAAGAAAGCCUGCCUACAGUUGGAAAGCAGUCAAUGUAUUGUUCUGAUCAUCCGCUGUGGUGUGGAAAAUCGUUGCGAAUUGAAAAAGUAACUCUACCAGAUCUUCUACACAUCAUCUUGUUUUGUCACAAACAUUUCCAUUUUGUUAAUGCAUAUUGUUUAAGUGAGUACGCCUUACGGAGAGAAAAUGCGUUGGGAGAAGAGGACGUCAUCCUCUUGUUCAUCGAGUCGAUCACAAGUAUGCACAGCGUUGUAUGUACCAGUCAGCAAAAAAUUGAGCGGCUUCUCCAACUAUACAAUGCGCGUGUGAACUACACAGCGUGCAAAAGCAGACAUUACAGCGAAAAUGGGAAACAAAAUUGUGCAUACACGAAGGACCACCUGGAUUACUACCUACAUGGUGUUAUUGCUCUUUUGAAAGAAGACUAUGAUCAGGCACUUUUUUAUUUUAACAAGUGUGUAAGUGUAAAGAGGAAGUUCUUCCAGGCGUACGUGUGCAUUCUGCACAUACUUUGCUGCUCACCGAAGAGGAGUACCCUUAACUCGAGACAAAAAAAAAAGAUUUUUCACCAUUGUCUGAAAUUAAAACCGGUUAGUGUGUCCCCCUACUUAGUGUACUGUUCCAGUGUAGUAAGGAAGCUGCAGUUAGACUUAAAUCACGAAAGAGAGAAACGCGGGCCUGACAAUGGGAGGAAGCAAAACUUGCUUAUCGAGUCAGCAACUUUUUUGAGGGGCAUAUUUUCCAAAGCAAUGCACCUCGAUAAUAAAAACCCAUUUUUGUACAACGAGUUAUUUGUUUAUCAUUUUUUACGAAAAGAUUUUAUCCAAUGCAAAGUAGCGCUACGCAAAAUGUUACUUAUACAAGACUUUUCUACUCCCUGUUGUAAUUAUUUCCCUCUUUCCGUUGUCCUGUACAAUUCCAGCGUUUUUUAUUUUUUGUGUGAAAACAACCUGAACAAGUCAGAAAAAAAAGUUAUUGAAAUUUUACACAAUAACCCCUUUGAUGUAAAAGCUUUGAACCUUUUAACUUUCCUUUUGUUUUUAAAGAGGGAUGAGUACUGGACGCGCUUUUUCGAUUAUUCUAUGUACGUGGAGAGGAGUCUGCUGUCGCGAAACGCGGGAAGUCAACAGACAUACUUGUGCCAGACUUUUUUCAACCGCCUUCGGGAGACGAGGGACUUGGGACUGCUCGCCCGUUACUACGGGGCGCUGAAGGCAGUGCGCAAGUCCUUCCCCUUCGUGCUCAAUUACAUCCACGCGAGAUACUCGCCGUAG